AUGAGUCAUAGAAAUGAGCGUUUUUUUACCCUUCAGUUUGAUGGUGCAUCCAGAGGAAACCCUGGACAAGCUGGUGCAGGAGCUGUACUGCUUGAUGAAUAUGGGAGUGUGCUGUAUAGUUUCCGCCAAGGGCUGGGAUAUCAAACAAACAAUGUUGCUGAGUAUCGCGCGUUAAUUUUAGGACUGGAACAAGCGAUACUGAAAGGAUGUGUGAACAUCAAUGUCCAAGGAGACUCCCAGCUUGUUAUCAAUCAGUUUCAAGGUUCCUGGAAAAUUAACAACCCACAUCUAAGGAGCUUAUGUGAUGAAGCUUUGGAGCUGAGGAACAACUUUCGCUCAUUUGACAUUCAACACAUUUCUAGGGACUCUAACAAUAUAGCUGAUGCUCAAGCAAACCGGGCCGUUUAUCUCCCAGAGGGUCAAGUUGAAGAAGAUUGUCUCUAUUGA